UCCCGGUCUCAGUAUGGGUGUGGUGAUUUCGGGCGAAGACUGACUCAAAUCCCGUUUUUACUUUGCUGGCAGGAUCUUUUAAACGUUUCACUUCUCUCGAUAGUAUUAAUUGGGAAUUUUUUUUAAAAUACCAUCUGCGGGGAUCAUGUGCGGAAUCUAGAGGCGGACGUUUAAAGCGUAGUUUGAGAGUGUGGGGAAAGGACUGUUCGAAGCGCAGUUCAGCCAGGUGUUGGCUGCACAUUUGGUGAAGAUCGUGGACUCGCUGUUGGAGGAGGGACAAUGAGUGAAUUGGAACAAUUGCGGCAGGAGGCGGAGCAACUUCGGAACCAAAUCAAAGAUGCACGGAAAGCUUGCAGUGAUUCCACUCUCUCUCAGAUCACAGCUGGUCUGGACUCAGUGGGGAGGAUUCAGAUGCGUACAAGGCGCACUCUUAGAGGCCACCUAGCCAAAAUUUACGCCAUGCACUGGGCCACCGACUCCAGGCUUCUCGUCAGUGCCUCUCAGGAUGGAAAACUGAUUAUUUGGGACAGCUACACGACAAACAAGAUACACGCUAUCCCACUGCGCUCCUCCUGGGUGAUGACCUGUGCAUACGCACCCUCUGGGAACUAUGUGGCUUGCGGAGGCCUGGACAACAUCUGUUCCAUCUAUAGCUUGAAGACCCGUGAGGGCAACGUCCGGGUCACAAGAGAACUCCCAGGACACACAGGCUAUUUGUCUUGCUGUCGUUUUCUGGACGACAACCAGAUUGUCACCAGUUCUGGAGACACCACCUGUGCAUUAUGGGACAUUGAAACAGGCCAGCAGACGACCACGUUCACAGGCCACAGUGGAGAUGUCAUGAGCCUGUCUCUCAGCCCUGACUACAAGACCUUUGUGUCAGGUGCCUGCGAUGCCUCCUCCAAACUCUGGGACAUUCGGGACGGCAUGUGCAGGCAGUCUUUCACCGGCCACGUGUCCGACAUCAAUGCCGUCUCCUUUUUUCCCAAUGGGAACGCCUUUGCCACUGGCUCAGACGAUGCCACCUGCAGGCUGUUUGAUCUCCGGGCUGACCAGGAGCUCAUGAUGUAUUCCCACGACAACAUCAUCUGCGGGAUCACCUCAGUGGCCUUUUCCAAAAGCGGUCGUCUCCUGCUUGCCGGCUAUGACGAUUUCAACUGCAACGUCUGGGACACGUUGAAAGGAGAGCGUGCAGGUGUCUUGGCUGGUCAUGACAACCGUGUCAGCUGCUUAGGGGUGACUGACGAUGGCAUGGCAGUAGCCACUGGCUCCUGGGACAGUUUCCUCAGAAUCUGGAAUUAACCGUCAAGGCAGGACUGAUGGGCAGAGGCUGGCGAGGAGGGGAGAACAACACACCUGUUGCCCGGCAUGGGGAGUCCUUGCCGCCGCCCCGCACCUGUGAGCAAUGUCACCUUCUUUCGACCUUUCUAGGUGACUCCUCCACCUCUGUUCCACAUGACCCAAAGCUUUCGGUACACAGUCCAAUCAGUCGAAGAGUUGAAAUGUCGACUUUGACGAGACUCCGAGUUUUGACAGGGAUCGCGAGUAUGUUGCCAUUCUUUCCAUGCUAGGAGCCAGUAAUUGUGACAUGUAUGUUGCCUUGUAUGUGUAUUACAUGCAUAACGUGUGUAUGUACACAUGCACGUAGAAUGCAGUAAUAUCCAGUUUAUUGGUAUUUAUGUUCUGGGCUCCUUUUCUUGUUCUCUCUGAUUUCUGGCCCUUUUGAUGUACAUUACAUGUAUUCAGUACUAGCCAAUGCCACACGUGAUGUUCAUAUGCAUUAUGAAAUUUGCAAAUGUUACUAAUAUGUUGCAGUAGUCAAUACAGAAAUAACAUUAACAGUAGUAUUUGGUGGGUAUCUCCACUACAACCCCUCCGGUUUCACUUGACCUGCUGUGAUGCCCUGUGGCUCUUUCUUUUUCCCAGGGUAAGACUAAUUGCUGUCUUUCACUUUGUUGCCUACAGCUCUAAUGCGGGUGAGUUCUUUGUUUUGGGUUGGUGUUAACUGAGCUGAAAUUCUCCCAAAAAUGCACCCACGUUGAGCACAGGACAGUGAUAGUGUGUCCAGUUCUUCAGUCGUAGCUUUGGGUUACACCCACUUGAAGACCAUGCAAAGUGGUUUUGUGUAGCCUCUAGCUGGAAUCCUGUAGGGUGUACAAAUGUUUGUGCCCCAUUCUUCAAGAAUGCGAUGCAGUAGUUUGAAGGAACUAAUCGUGAUGCACUAGGUGAGCCAACCCUUUUGGAAGUGUUUCGUGGAGCUCUCUUGACAAGAAUGAAAGCCGGACGGCUGACACCUGUUGAAACCUUAAUACAGCAUGCAAAGGAAUGGCAGUGAUGUUUACCACAUUGGGAAGUGGCUGCUUUCAUGUCACUAGACUGGUGCAGUUCAUCACAAGUGGUAGCUGUGUGUACAUUCUGCAUCCUGUGUGCCAUUUUCACACCAUCUGGAGGUGACAGGUCUCUUACGAAGACCAUUUAGGCAAGUAGUGCCUUUUCAUGCUCUUGUCGUUGGGGAUUUCACGGCCCCGUCUUGUUUCUCUCAGCAGUGAGUCGAGCUGCUGCUGUUGAAUUCAAAGCUCCACAGCAGGCCUUGUGCGUGCGAACUGGUCAGUGGUAAAGUGAUGUGGACACUUGUAUUCUGAUGCGGCAAUCUGUUUGUGUAUAGAUCACUACUCUGGUCAGUUGCCAUCCCACCUCUCUGUUUUAUGCGUGGGUUGUGACGUUGUUACCCAGACACACUCUGCCUUACUGUGAGGAAUGCGCACGCGCACACAGGCGCGUCUGCGGUCACUCGGUACCGUUCAGCUCACACAUGAAGCCUUUUGCUCUCAUGGUGCUCGAAACCCAUGCCCCAGCACUGCCCCCUGCUGGAAAUGUUUGACCGUUUAGCCUUUUUGAAGCGUAACCCCUUUUAUUGGCUGCUGAGAUGGAAUAAUUGACCCCUAAGAAUUGUCUUGUGUUAAUGGGUCUUGGUGUACCUUGCAGCAGGUCCUAAAAAGAGCCGGUUGCCUUAGUGUUUUAGCUCAGCUACAGUGACCAAAAUGGCCAGAUGCCCUAAAGACAUGCUUGACAAUUUUAGUGGAAACAGCUGGUUGAGUCAAGGAAGCCAUGGUGCCCACCCCCAACAGCAGUGUUUGGGUUUUUCUUCCUGUAAACUAAUGUAUUAGAUUUGUCAGCUAGUGCAUUUUUUUUAAUGUUAGUUACAUGAUCCUCGGCCCUUAAUAUGUUUAUAUUCAUGUUUAAAAUAAAGUGGAAGUAUUGCAGACAGUACAUAAAGGAUGUUUUACAGUUCAGUGUUGACAGUAACUUUCUGUAAUUUUUUUCCUUCCAAAGUGUGUAUCAAGGGUGGGAGGUUGCAUGUGUGAGGUACACUCCAGAGGUUUAGUUUCCAACUAGAAGUGCCAAAUUUAAACAGCUGCCUGGCGCUCUGAGAAUAUAGCCUAGUGGCUAUGUUCUCCCCCCCCACCACCACCCCUUUACAUAUGGGACAGCUGAACAGCAAAGCUGCCUUAGUGGAAGCAUGGGGACAAGGCAUUUUCACUAAACUUCAGACCAUUCCUGAAAUCACAGGUUUCAGGUUUAGUCCUGUACUAAUGGUUCUCAAGUCAUAAAAGUGACUUUCAGCAAGGAGCAGAUUAUUAAUGCAGUGUUUUGUACAAAGUGCAGCAGUAUUGUUUUAGCACAUUAAAACAUCCCUGUACAACACAGCUUUCACGUAGGAGUUGGGACACAAUUUCCAGAAACAACCCUUCCUCUUAUUAAUCAUUUUUAUAUAUGCAUUUUGAAGGGCCUCAUUCAGGAAAUGGAAGAGGAUGUAAGUUAUUUUAUCACAGGUAAAAUUUUGUAAUUGAAAGGAAGAGCACCAGACUGCACCCAUUUGUUCCAGCUUGUUCUGUACAUCCUGUUCCAUUUUAUGACACAUUGACACAGAUUCAGUACUAAUGGUGUUGGCUCCAUGUAUUCCAAGUCUUAUUUAUUUUGAGCCAGAUAAAUUCAGGGACUUGAUACCAUAAGUUCCUACAGUGCUGUUAAAUUAUCACUUGCUAUGAAUUUUUUAGCUUUUUUUUCACACCAACUUUUUGUACAGUGGCUUGGUGAUACUGUAUGUUGCUAUGAAUUGAUAUUGUAACCAAUAAAAGCUUUUACCCAGUUCUCUCU